AUAAUUACAUUGUAGUUGCUGUAGAGCUAAAGUGCAUAAAAUAAAAAGGGCGUUCGCUCAUUCCCAGAGACAGAGCUAUCGGUAGCUCUGCUAGGCUUGCGGCUAGCUAGCUUCCUUACAAGCCUCCUCCCCCCGCUCGUCAGAAUUAGCAUUAGGCGAACCUUGACGGGUUUCCCACUUUUGUUUCUUCUCUCGCCGUACAUACGACUCUCAAGCGCCUGAAGACGCACUUCCAGCUAGGGGGCGCUGUUUUGCGGCGGACGAGGCUGUUUUUCCGGUGACAGCAGGCGAAUGACAACAGCGGCAGACACGGGCCCUUUCCCAUCCAAACUGACUGCAAAACAUCGACAAAAACAGGAAGGUGUCUGCCUUUGGACUUCGGGGGCUGUGUUUGGGGAAUUUCAUAUUUAUGUGCCACUGGGAGCAGAAGCAGCAUGGCAGAUGACAAGGACGUGUUGAGAGACGUUUGGUUCGGCCGGAUCCCCACCUGCUUCACUUUGAACCAGGAUGAGGUUACUGAGAGAGAAGCCGAGCCCUACUAUCUGCUGUUACCCAGGGUGAGCUACCUGACCUUGGUUACAGACAAGGUGAAAAAACACUUCCUCAAAGUGAUGAAGGCCGAGGACGUGGAGGAGAUGUGGUUCGAGUAUGAAGGAACACCACUUAAAUGGCACUAUCCAAUUGGAGUUCUUUUUGACCUCCAUGCCUCAAACACUGUCUUACCCUGGAGCAUCACGGUGCACUUUAAGAAUUUUCCAGAUCGUGAUCUGCUCCACUGCCCAUCAAACUCUGUGAUCGAGGCUCACUUCAUGUCCAGCAUCAAGGAGGCCGACGCCCUAAAGCACAAGAGCCAAGUUGUUAACGACAUGCAGAAAAAAGACCACAAACAGCUGUGGAUGGGCCUGCAGAAUGAUAAGUUUGACCAGUUCUGGGCCAUGAACAGGAAGCUGAUGGAAUAUCCCACUGAGGAGGGCGGCUUCAGAUACAUCCCCUUCAGGAUAUACCAGACGAUGAGCGACAGGCCAUUCAUCCAGAAAUUGUUUCGCCCCGUUUCACCUGAAGGCAGCACGCACACACUUGGCAACUUGCUGAAGGAAAUGUACCCAGCCGCUAUACCAAGCGACGGUGAGCAGAAGCGUUACCAGGUGGUGAUCCACGGUAUCGAGCCGCUACUGGAGACUCCUCUGCAGUGGCUCAGCGAACACCUCAGCCACCCCGACAACUUCCUGCAUAUCUGCAUCAUCCCCACUCCCACUGACUGAGGUUGCACCUGCCCGACCAUCGCUGUCCCCGCGACAACCGACCAACCGACCGGCUGACCCGUCGGCCAGCCGGUUAUCCCAGGAAACGGUAGCGCUUAACGGUGGAAACUCUGAACUAACAGACUCUUUAAUGAGAAGGAUGUCGGAAUCUUGUCGAUAAAGACGAAAAAAAGGAUGUGAAGGAGGUAUUUCACAAACCUCCUUUUCCAUCUUGUUCAUUUGUAUUUCUACUCCUACUACCACUACUACUACUACUCCUUUACCCUGAGAAAACUUGUUUUUAGGACGCGAGGAUGAAAAGAUCUUGUCUUCCUCCUCCGCUCCCAAAAGAACAGAAGAUUUCGCUAGGGGAAGAGGUGGUUGAAUGAGCAGGGGACCUCUAAUUUUCUACUCUGCUGUCUCGCAUCUUCACCUCCUCCUUCCCUAUUCCUCUACGAACAAACAUCUCUGUGGGAGGAGAGGAGGUGAAUGGAUCCCUCCUUUUGUCCAUCCUGGCAUACACCUUUCUCCCUUAGUAGUCCAAGACAAAGACUGUCCUGUUGACAGGGAGACAAGUUUGUUUGGGGACUGGGGAGUGGUAUAUCCAGUCCUCCUGAAGCUGCCUUAGUUACUACGGUUAUGCAGUUCUAUCAUCAACAUUCUCAUUGUCCCUGCAGAAAUGUCUGGAUGUACAAAGUCACUCUUGAGUUUACAUCCUGGAAAAAUUUUCAUUUCCAUAAACUCUCCAGAAUCUUCGGGUGUUUUUUUUUUUUUUUUUUUAGGUGUUUUACAGAGGAUUUUCGGUUGGUUAGGUUGCUGAAUUUUUUUUGGCUUCCUUUAACAAAGUGAGCUUGAAUUUAAAAAAAAAAAAAAAAAAAGGAUGCGUUAUUUCUGAGCGCUGAGGGCAGUGACUGACAGACGGAUUUAGCUGCAGUGACUCUAGCACCCACAGGAGCUGAGCAUUAUCACUCAUCAUCACUGUUGAGUUAAGCUUCUAAUUUAGAGUUAUUUGAAAAAGGAACUUAGCAAGCAGACAAAAUGUCCACGGGCCAUCGUCCGGUACUGUCCCUGAACUAGCAUUAAUUUACAGCUUUAACUAACAGUGUAACUUCUUUUUUUUUUUUUUUUCGUUUUUGAUCUUCACCUUUAUGAGAAAUUCUGGUUUCAUUCAACUUCUUAAUUUUGUAGUUUAAGUAAACUUUAAUUGUCCUUUAAGGUUACGUGGGGAUUCUGCAACUAUCAAAACUGAAUCUAUAAACUAAAAACGACAAGGUGUUUAGGUUGAAAACCAGGCUGCACUUGUUUCAUCGUUUUACUGUCUCUGCAGAGGGCAGAUGGAGAUAUGAGAUUUUCACGGGCUAAUAUUUGAGCGUCAUCUAGCUAUUUAUGAGGCAAAGCGUUUUGUGCAGGGGGUCAUGGGAAAAACCUCACACGUUUUAAAUAGCAGGUGUUGAUUUCUCUCCAUCAUUACAGCACCGUUAAGCUGUUUUAUUGUCUGUUUUUGUCAGAUUUGGCUCGAGCCUCUUUGUCUGUUGCCAAACUUAAACGAGCAUCUGGUUUUGUUCCGUUGAGGAACUCAGCUUGGAUAACGAGACAUUAGGAGCAUUUAACAUUAAGAUUGCAGGCUGUUGGGGCCACAUUUGUUUGACAUGUUCUGUAUAUGCUCUCUGUGUCAAAUCUUUGUUUGUGGAUGGAAACAAAACUGGAAAAAGCAGAUAUGACUUUUGACAGAGCACUAACUUUGUUUUAGGGCUGCCCAGGUCAGAUUACUUGGCUGGACCAUAAUUAAUCACAUUUUUAAGCAAAUUUUGCAUCUUGUCUUCUUUUCUUCUUUUUUUUUUU